GUAGCCAGGCUAGUUAAUAGCUACUGUAGCUAAAGCCAGGAAAACGACACAGAAAGUUUUGUGACAGUUUGCUAGCUAGUUCCAUAGAGAAGAAAAGGCCAUCAUCUAUGGAAAAUGGCUUACUGGAUCUGCUGUAACUCCUGCUUCAACCUCCCUGGUCCUGAACGCAAACUAGCUGUUACCACCUGUGGUCAUGUCAUCUGCAAUGUGUGUUUUCAGAAAGGCAAUCAAGGAGAAUGCCUGAUAUGUAAGGCAAAAUGUCAAGUUACUCCUCUCUCAGACAAAAGUAGUGCAGAAGUAAAGGCCCUCUUCUCUGACAUCAAUUCUGUAGCAACCAAACACUUCACAGAGAUAAGCAAGGUGUUACUAUUCCAGGCAAGGCACCAAAAGAGGUUGUUGGCGCAUUCCCAGCAGAGGAAUGAAAAGUUAGAAGAAGUUUUACUCAAGAUGAAGCAAGAAAUGCAGCAGAUGUCCAAAAAAAUGACAGAGCAGAAUUCCUAUAUUGCCAAGCUGGAGAGCACUCUUCCGCAUCAAAGUGCAAAAGCAGCUUCUACAUCUCAGCUGAACCAUAGUUCUCACAACGCUCGUUCACAACAAAUCAAAUCUGAUCAAAUGCAGAUGCCGUUCAACUCGCCCAUGUCCCUCUCUCGCCACUCAUCUACUACAAGUCUGGCAGAAAACAUGGAGGUGGAUAGCAGGGGUCUGUUUAGGAAACCGGAGCUCUCUGGAAGUGUCCAGAGGUUGUCCUUGAUCAGCCCUCCACAGGACGGCCGGAUGGGUACCGUCCCCCAUCGAUCGACCAAUCAGAACACCCUAGUCAACCACUCAGCUCGCUCGGCCACUGUCAGCCGUCUGGCGGAGCUGCAGAUGACCCCUAACCUGCCGUAUCGUAGGGACACAGGGUGGGAGACGCCCGUGUUCAAGCCCCCGUCAGCCUACAGACACUCCUCCAUGUCUUCUCUGGUCAUGUCCUCUCUGGGAGUCACCUACCCUCCACCAUAACACCGCCAAGAGCCAGCCAUCACGAAGGCACAAGGAGACGUCUCCGAUCCACUUCAAUGCCCUCCACGAGUGACUUAGCUAGAGUAUCAAAUCACUUGGUAAUGGUUGAACUCUCCACUGUGGAGAGAUUAUCUGUAGAAUAGGAAGUGUUGGUCAGAAAUUGAGCCCCCUUCACACAGGGUUAAGAAGAGUUUGGAAGCUGUAAUUCUGUUGGUUGUGUGUGCAGUGUAGCGUGUAUAUUGUCAUUGUAAUGGAUUACAUACGGUAUUACUUCAUUCAUUGAAUUUUGUCA